AUGGGUGAGAACUUUGGUGCUCCGUAUGCGGAAUACCCGAACUAUGCGAACCUGGGAAAUGAAUUCAAUUGUGACUGGGCCGUUCCUGAAUACCCGCAACCUUCUCCUUUCGAUAUCAAUACCGAAGUCCCUGCUCGUGAUGUCCGUGAUUAUCCUUCAUUCAACACAAGCGACCGCGUGAAUGCUAAGGUGGCUAUCCCCCGAAAUGCACAACCCAGUAGUUGGACUAGCAGCGGUCGAGUCAGUCGAGCCUGUGAAAAUUGCCGUGAACAAAAGGCCAAAUGUAGUGGCCAUCGCCCAGCCUGUCAUCGAUGCCUGGAUGCCAAUGUGCCCUGUUCGUAUGGCGACCGGAAAAGAGAGAAGAUGGUGAAGCAGCUGAACGAUCUAACUACACGGGUUGAAACCUUUGAUACUUUGCUCCGCGAUAUUUAUCCCAAGCUGGAUGCCUCGUCGGCCCAUCGGGUCGAUGAAACACUGAGGGUGUUAAACGCACGCACUCCGCUCAGCCAAGUCAUCUCCCCUACCCCUACCCCUGCCUUAUUCACCAAUCCAUCAAGCCAUAUCAAUCAAUCAGUGCUUUCUUCCCAUGCAGAUGCUACUCCUAUAUCUAUUCCCUCGGGGGCUGUAGACUACACCGAAGAGGACUUCGAUCGUGAUGAGAAAGUACAGGCGAUGGGAUUUGUGGGCGAACAUUCGGAGGUGGCAUGGUUGUACAGACUCAAACGCGACCUUGACCAUAACAGCUUGAAAGGAAUCAAAAAGACCCCCGAACGCCCUUCGAUCUCUUCCGUGAACUACUUCCAAGAUGACUCGGACAUUUCGGCUCUCGACGAUAUCGAUCUCGCAUGCCGGCCUCCGCAACAAACCGCUAAUAGGCUCGUCGACACCUACUUUCACUUCGUGCAUCCUACCUUUCCGAUUAUUGGAAAGGCAAUCUUUCUGAAUCAGUACCGAUCCUUCUAUGCGAAUCCGAACGCGCGACCUGGGAAACGAUGGAUUGUAGUGCUGAACCUGGUGUUUGCCAUUGCGACCAGACACUCCUUCCUCAUUGAUCAGCCUCAACCAAACUGCGAUGACCAUCAGACUUAUUUUGCACGGGCGUGGAGGCUGAAUGUAAGUAACGUGCUGCUAGAUCAUCCCGACUUGCAGCAGGCACAAGUGGAGGGCUUGGCUGCUUUUUACCUUCUAUCGGCUGGCCAAAUUAACAGGUCGUGGAGACUCAUUGGAAUUGCGAUUCGAUCGGCGGUGACCAUGGGUCUAAACAUUCGAAGCGAGAGCGAGAGCAUCACCCACUUUUCAAAAGAACUUCGAUAUCGGGUUUGGUGGGCGCUGUUUAUGUUGGAUAUGGUGCUAUGCGAGAUGACAGGCCGUCCACCUAGCACCGAGGACAUUUUUUGCUCCACGCCCCUCCCUGUCCCCUUUGCAGAGGAGGACUUUCGGGAUACACGUGUCAUGCAAUUUCUUACCGACGGAAGCACUCGAAGUGCAUUUUUCACCUCUUUACUUUCCGAUAGGGCUGCUUCACCAAAAGAGAGUACGAUUCUAAGAAACCCGGAACAGCAAGAGCCCGGCAAGGGGAAACAAGAAGAAAGAGCCAGUCAGACGGGGGCCGAGAAUCUGACACCCAACUCGCCUCUGUACUUUCUGUACGCAGUGGACAUGGCUCAUCUCUUACGGGACGCUAUUAAUAUCCUUUAUGCUCCUCGAGCAUCCCGACGGUCAUGGCAUGAGAUUGAAAUCGCCAUUUCCACACUAAACAAGAAUGCUGACAGCUGGUUGUCUCGUCUCCCAGCAGAGUUUAACUUCACAAAGCUAGACACAACUCAUCAAUUUCUACAGCAGCGUGCUAGUCUCGCUUUCCAAUUCUACGCCACAAAGCUGAUAAUCUUGCAGCCCUGUAUCCGCCGUCUACCCCAACAGUCAUCUGAAGCAAGCUCCCCGGGAACAGUGCGUGGUCAGAUGGCAGUCUUGUGCGCUCAAAUGGCAGGUCAAAUGCUCGACCUGCUGCCCGAGGAGACAGACUUGGCUUGGCUGUAUGGCGUCGCUCCAUGGUGGUGCAUCCUGCACAACAUCAUGCAGUCGACUACUAUCCUCCUCACUGAGCUGUUCACUCGCACUCAUAUAAACACCACCAAGGCUGUCGACAUCGCUAAGAAGAUCGACAAAGCAAUCCGCUGGUUGAAAAUGAUGUCGGCCAAAGACCUUUCUUCACAGCAAGCCUGGCUUGUCUGCAUGGGCCUCCUUUCACGGCAUGGCUCGAAGUUUGGGCUCGGUGUUGACACCGAUCUCUAG